AUGGGCAAUGUUGGAAGUCGUCUCGAUGACUCUGGAGAUUUGUUCUUCAAGGAUCAAACUCGGUUUACAAUCGCCUCCGUCACGAUAAGCAACUCAAGAGGUCAAGUACUGCUGCACCUCACACCCAAUUCCUUCCCGGCGACAAGAUAUACCGCAAAACGAGAGAUCGGUGACGAUAGCCCAAUUGAGUAUAUACAGGACCCCGAUCUUACCACCUCUGCAUCUGCGCCGACGUUCCUUCUGCGCCUGACAAAUGAAGACGAUCUCAAUUUCAAUUUCACCUUUAUUUUGCGACAGACCCAAACUGGUAACACGGCGAACUCUGUGGUUAAUGGCGUUGCGACCUCGCUUCCCGAAGUGGCCGACACCGUGCUCACCGGGCUUACAUUUGCGCAUGCGACCAAUGCUAAGGAGCUUGACAAUCUGAUCACGCGCGAAUUCCAUGCAAAUCCCAAUCUACAGAACAAUUCCAAUGUGCAGUUUGUAGGGGAUUAUACAACCGGAGGUAGUCCUUCGGUCCAAUUCAAUUGGUCCUGGAAAUGGAAGCCCCCCAAGCACACCGAGGACCGGGGCAACGGUUGGAGGAACAGUUGUAGCUUCCUGGACUACGACCAGAGAGCCAAUCGACUCAAUACCCUUGCGCACUUCUCCUUCUGGGUACACAACUGCCCCCGUUCGCUACCCAGCCCGCAGAUUCUAUCGCCAAACUUGGAAAUCCCUCAUCCCGUUCGUAACCGCAUGCCCUCUUCGCAAUCCGUUCUCUCGCAUUUCAGUGAUGCCGAUGCGAUAUCCAACAUUCUCCCCCCACCGGGUACUCCGCCUGAAGCAGCGGAUAGUGCGCCGCUUCCUCCACCUCCCCCUCCUCCUCAAGUACCCCCGCCUCCGCCUCCCGUGAGGGUUGAUCUAUCCCAUUCGCGGCCGGGUGAAGAUAUGAGUGUGGUGGAGGACGGUCCAUUGUUUCGGGCUACCAUGAAGGCGUUAGAGCAGAAGACAGGAAAUAUGCGCUCAAAAAUCAAGAAGGUCCUGAAGAAGGCAGAAGCGGCUCAGCAAGCCCGAAACUCCUGCAAUGAGGCGGCAGAAGCCUUCUUAUCGGCACUCAGCGAGGCUGCGACAUCAAACUCAAAUGCGAUCCAGCCGGCCCUCGAUCAUUAUUUCGAGAAAAUUGCCCGCCAGAUCCUGAACUACGAACGACUUAAUACCAUCCAACUACAAAAGCUCGUCAUCGAACCCUUAAUCAAACUCUACAAUAACGAUAUCAAGCAGGCCGAGGCCAAGAAGAAGGAAUUUGAAGAGGAGAGCCGGGAUUAUUAUGCCUACGUCAGCCGCUAUCUCGGCCAGCGACAGGAUUCUUUGAAAGAGAAAAAACGAGCGGAGAGCGACUCCAAGUAUCAGGCUAAGAGGCGAAACUUUGAGCUUAAGCGAUUUGAUUAUUCCUCGUUCAUGCAGGACCUUCAUGGCGGGCGUAAGGAGCAGGAAGUGCUCUCCCACCUGACCAGGUACGCGGAUGAACAAGCAAAGAGUUUCCUUGCAGCUGCGAAGAAGGUGGACGAUUUGUUACCCCAGCUGGAUGCUCUAAUUCAUGAGGUUCAUCAAGUCGACAAGGAGUUCCAAUUUCAGAGAACGGAAAGAGAGGAGAAACGAAGAGCCUUGGAGAAAAGCAGCAAUGUGUAUAUGGAGCCGGAUUCUUUGGCCAACCCGGGUGUCUCGUCGACAUUUGUCGGAAACGGCAUCGGGACUCACAAGCCUGAGCCGGAAUUAGGGCGCGCGGACAGCACAGGGUCUCAGCUACGGAGCGUAAUCAGCAACAGUUCCUCACUCUCUCCGCCGGCCAACGCGAAUAUGAACAAUACAGCCAGUGGUGUUCCGCUGGUCCUGCCAACUGAUAAUUCGAGCGGCCAGCAGAGGAAAGAAGGACUUCUCUGGGCACUAUCCCGGCCAGGCUCUCAUAUUGACCCCAAGGGCAUCAACAAGCAGGCCUGGCACAAAUUCUGGAUCGUAUUAGAUCAGGGCAAACUCUCGGAGUACAGUAACUGGAAACAGAAGCUCGAUUUGCAUAUGGAACCCAUUGAUCUACGGAUGGCUUCCGUACGAGAGGCACGAAAUGCAGAACGACGGUUUUGCUUUGAGGUUAUCACACCCCAGUUCAAACGGAUCUACCAGGCAACUUCUGAGGAUGAUAUGGGCAACUGGAUCAGGGCUAUCAACAAUGCCCUCCAGAGCGCCGUCGAGGGCCGCGGCAUGUCCCCCCCGCCUGCCGCAUCGAAGAGCAACGGUUCGUCUCUAGGGCGCGAUAUCGGGUCUGUUCUGACCGGGAAGAGCUCUUCGUAUUCGGGCCAGCAUUCUUACUCCACCAGCUCUACGAGCAGCGUGAGUCGCCGAACCACGGUGGGUGCGCGGCCAAGUUACGUUCGCACGGAUAGCACUGGAUAUGAGGAAAACCCUGCAAAACUGCUCCAGACCGUCCGCGAUGCGGACCAAGGCAACAACUGGUGCGCUGAUUGUGGAUCGACUUCUAAGGUGGAAUGGGUAUCUAUCAACCUUGGUAUAGUCCUGUGCAUUGAGUGCAGCGGCAUUCAUCGAUCUCUGGGGACACAUAUCUCCAAGAUUCGCUCUCUCACACUGGACGUGAACUCGUUCUCAAACGACAUCGUCGAGAUACUCCUGCAGGUCGGGAAUCGCGUCAGCAACAUGGUUUGGGAGGCAACCUUGGACCAGACGCAGAAGCCAAUCGCUACUUCCACCCGCGAGCAACGGUUGAAGUUCAUUACCGCCAAAUAUAGCGAACGAGCUUAUGUGCAGUCGCUACCCUCCCCUCUGUCGCGGUUCUCGACACCGGAUGAAACACUCCUUGCCGCGAUCAAGAAGAACGACAUCCAAGGAGUUUUGUACGGUAUUGCUCUUCGUGCGAAUGUGAACAUCACCGAUCGGUCACGAAACACCCAUGCGGUCUUCCUCGCCCUGGCAGCUGCAGAUCCCGCGUCACCCGGAUCGACGGCAUCCAAUCUGCCACCUCGACCCAGUACUGCAAAUGCCAUCAAGGUGGUUCCGUUUCCCAUCGCCGAGUUGCUUGUGCAAAACGGCGCGGAGAUUCCUUUGCAGCCACCGCCUAUCCCUCUCACCCCCGCUGCUCAGCUAUAUCUAAGUCAACGAACAUCGAGACUCGUCGCACCGAUAAUCGGCAAGUCGGCAGGGGACACUGUGGGAUCACUACCUAGUAUUCGAGGCACAAGCAACGACCAUGCGGUGCCGUCGAGUUCCCUUGACAGCAAGGAACGAGACAAACUACAAAAGAGAGGCAGCGCGGGCGCCCGAUUUGCGGGAAAGGUCGCAUCUCUCGGCAUCGAACGAUGA